UGAACCGAAGUUCCACUCCAUUGGUUGCCUACUUUCUCAUAGUUAGGCUGCGUUUCAUUUAAUGCAUUUUUUAAUUAAGAAUUUGGAAUCAUUAACUUAAAAGCAGAGCGCUGUGAAUUAACAAAUGCCGGUGCACUUAAAGUGUGCGACGUUUCCCGAGUUUCCACAAGUUCGGUUCGUAUCAUGAGAAAUCCAUUUUUUUUUUUGCUCAGCCACAGCCGUCGCCCGUCGGCAGGAGGAUUUUCCAGCAGUCAGUCGUGCUCCCAGUGGAAGAUGGCGGUUGGGAUGCUGUCUGGGGCUGGAGUACCGAGCUGCCUUCGGAUAGGGAGCUAACUUGAUGGAUGUAGAUGUUUUUUAUUCUUCAGGACUGGACCUGGUAGGGAUUGUUUUAAUAGGAUACAGCCUUUCAACGACAGAAAUCUGGACUGGUCGGGAGGAAUUAUUUGGAAUAGACGACAGCCCCUAAGCUACAUUGAAAGCUUGCGCAUAGCACACAUAUUGGUGAUAGUCUAGGGUGGAAGGAAAGUGUAUAAAAAUGUCGGAUACAAAGGUAAAAGUUGCUGUGAGAGUUCGUCCAAUGAACCGCAGAGAAACGGAAUUGCACACGAAGUGUGUGGUGGACAUGGAGGAUAACCAAACUGUUCUACACCCACCGCCUUCAAAUACAAAAGGAGAAAACAGGAAACAACCCAAGGUGUUUGCCUUUGACCACUGUUUUUGGUCCAUGGAUGAAUCGAACAUCCCUAAAUAUGCCGGACAAGAGGUGGUGUUCAAGUGCCUUGGCGAGGGCAUACUUGAAAAUGCGUUUCAAGGGUACAAUGCCUGCAUCUUCGCCUAUGGACAAACAGGUUCUGGCAAAUCGUUCUCCAUGAUGGGGAACGGGGAUCAGCCAGGCCUGAUCCCACGUCUUUGCUGCACCCUGUUCGAGAGGGUCUCCAGGGAGGACAGUGAGGCCCACUCCUUCAAGGUGGAGGUCUCCUACAUGGAGAUCUACAACGAGAAGGUCCGCGACCUGCUGGACCCUAAAGGGAGCCGGCAGUCUCUGAAGGUCCGGGAGCACAAGGUCCUGGGGCCCUACGUGGACGGACUCUCCCAGCUAGCCGUGACCAACUUUGAGGACAUUGAGGUGUUGAUGUCGGAGGGGAACAAGUCGCGGACGGUGGCGGCCACCAACAUGAACGAGGAGAGCAGCCGCUCUCAUGGCGUCUUCAGCAUCAUCGUCACUCAGACGCUGUACGACCGUCAGUCUGGGAACUCUGGGGAGAAGGUGAGCAAGAUGAGUCUGGUGGACCUGGCAGGCAGUGAGCGAGUGUCCAAGACUGGAGCUGCAGGAGAGAGGCUGAAAGAAGGCAGCAACAUCAACAAGUCACUGACCACUCUGGGCUGUGUGAUCUCAGCCCUGGCUGAUCAGUCAGCAGGGAAAGGGAAGACCAAGUUUGUGCCUUACAGAGACUCUGUCCUCACCUGGCUGCUGAAGGACAACCUGGGCGGAAACAGCAAGACCGCCAUGAUCGCCACAGUGAGCCCGGCGGCCGACAACUACGAGGAGACGCUGUCCACCCUGCGCUACGCCGACCGCGCCAAGAGGAUCGUCAACCACGCCGUGGUCAACGAGGACCCCAACGCGCGCAUCAUCCGGGAGCUGAGGGACGAGGUGGAGAAACUGAGGGUGCAGCUCUCCCAGGCCGAGUCUCUCAAGGCCCCGGAGUUGAAGGAGAAACUGCAGGAGUCUGAAAAGCUGAUCCAGGAGAUGACCGUCACCUGGGAAGAGAAACUCAGGAAGACAGAGGAGAUUGCCACGGAGCGCCAGAAGCAGCUGGAGAGCAUGGGCAUCUCCUUGGAAACAUCAGGGAUAAAGGUUGGAGAGGACAAGUGCUUCCUGGUCAACUUGAAUGCCGACCCCGCCCUCAACGAGCUGCUGGUCUACUACCUGAAGGAGCACACACGUGUGGGUGCCGACACGUCUCAGGACAUCCAGCUCUUCGGUAUCGGCAUCCAGCCGGAGCAUUGUGUUCUGGAGAUCUGCCCAGAUGGUGAUGUCACCCUCACGCCAGUGGAGAAUGCCAGAACCUGUGUGAACGGAACCAUGAUCGACUCCUUGGUCCACCUCUGGCAUGGAGACCGCAUAUUAUGGGGGAACAACCACUUUUUCAGGAUCAACCUGCCCCUGCGUAAGCGACGCGACCGCUUGAAGGAGCUGGAGCGGGCAUCCCCCAGGGAGAGCUUUGUGGAGGCGGACGUGGAGACGGCCAGCGAGGCCUCAUCGGAGCAGGACUACAGCUACGAGUUUGCCCAGAUGGAGGUGAUGAUGAAGACCUUGGGGAACAACGACCCCAUGCAGAACGUGGUCCAGGUUCUGGAGAAGCAGUACCUGGAGGAGAAGCGCACGGCGCUGGAGGAGCAGAGGAGGAUGUACGAGAGAGAGCUGGAAACGCUACGGCAGCAGCUGUCACCCGAGAGGACGUCACAGCAUCAUCGCAGCAGCAGCGACCGUCUCACCUUCCCCACCCACACGCCCAACAGCAAGCUAAGGCUCUGGACCGAGGAGAGGGACGAGCUGUUCCGUCAGAGUCUGUCUCGGCUCAGGGAGCAGGUCGUGAAGGCCAACACCUUGGUGCGAGAGGCAAACUUCCUGGCAGAGGAGAUGAGCAAACUCACUGACUACCAGGUCACCCUCCAGAUCCCUGCGGCCAACCUGAGUGCCAACCGCAAGCGCGGGGCUAUAGUGAGCGAGCCGGCAAUCCAGGUGCGGAGGAAAGGGAAGGGCACCCAGGUGUGGACUAUCGAGAAGCUGGAGAACAAGCUGGUGGACAUGAGAGACCACUACCGAGACUGGAAGGAGGGCACAGACGAGGUGUAUAACAAGCUGGACAGCAACAAGCACACAGACCCGUUCUAUGAGGCACAGGAGAACCACAAUCUGAUCGGCGUGGCCAACAUCUUCCUGGAGUGCCUCUUCCAUGACAUCAAGCUGCAGUAUGCUGUACCCAUCAUCAGCCAACAGGGGGAGGUAGCCGGCAGGCUGCACAUCGAGCUGACACGGGUGAGUGGCGCAGUUCCUGAGCGUCUGGUUGGCGGAGACGACUCGUCGGAGAACUCCAGCGAGAGCAGCUGCUACGAGGUGAUGGACACCAACGGAGAGAUUGUCCAUAUGGCCAAGAGGCUCACCUGCAGGGUGCGGGUUAGGGAGGCCACAGGGUUGCCCCUCAACCUGUCCAACUUCGUCUUCUGCCAGUACACCUUCUGGGAGCAUGCAGAGCCCACCGUGGCCCCUCCCAUGGUCAGCCCUGACACGCCCUCCCCCCGCAGCCCAGACACCCAGUUCAGCGUCAGGUUUGAUCACUGCCAGGACUACGUGGUCCACGUGACGGAGGAGUUCCUCGAGUUCAUUUCAGACGGGGCUCUGGCCAUCGAGGUGUGGGGCCACCGCUGCGCCGGGAACGGACGCUCGCUCUGGGAGCCCAACGCCCUGGAGGCCAAGACGCGCACGCUCCAGGACCGGUGGAGCGAGGUGUCUCGUAGGAUUGAGCUGUGGGCCUCCAUCCAGGAGCUGAACGAGCAGGGGGAAUACGCUGCUGUGGAGUUGCAGCCUGUGAAGGACAUCACCACUGGGGGGGUCUUCCAGCUGCGACAGGGUCACUCCCGCAGGUUGCAGGUGUGUGUGAGGCCUGUCCAACACUCGGGCACUCUGCCCCUGCUGGUGGAGGCUGUGCUGUCUGUGUCUAUGGGCUGUGUGUCGGCACGCUCCACCAGGCUACAGAGACCGCUGGACAGCUACCAGAGAGAGGAGGAUGACGAUAUGGAUAGUUAUCAGGAGGAGGACCUGAACUGCGUGCGGGAGCGCUGGUCGGAGGCCCUCAUCAAGCGCAGGGAGUAUCUGGACGAGCAGAUCAAGAAGAUCAUCCACAAACAUGAGAAGUCGGAGGAGGACGUGGAGCGCGAGGCGCGGCUGGUGGAGCAGUGGGUGGGGCUGACGGAGGAGAGGAACGCUGUGCUGGUGCCUGCUCCUGGCAGCGGCAUACCUGGGGCCCCCGCACACUGGACACCCCCUGCUGGCAUGGAGGCUCAUAUCCCUGUCCUGUUCCUGGACUUGAAUGCGGACAACCUGACAGUGAAUGAGCAGUUGACAGGGCCCCACGCUGCCGGGGUCAACUCCAUCCUGCCCAAGGAGCACGGCAGCCAGUUCUUCUACCUGCCCAUCAUCAAACACUGCGAAGAUGAGGUGUCAGCGCUGUGCUCGUGGGACUCGUCCAUCCACGACUCGGUGCACCUCAACCGGGUGACCUCGCCCAACGAGCGCAUUUACCUGAUCAUCAAAGCCACGGUGCAGCUCAGCCACCCCGCCUCCAUGGAGCUGGUGGUCCGCAAGAGGAUCGCCGUCAACAUCUACAACAAACAGAGCUUCACUCAAAGUCUGAAGAGGCGAAUGUCCCUGAAGAACACUCUUUACUCCUGUGGAGUCACCUAUGAGAUUGUGUCCAACGUACCAAAGGCCUCGGAGGAGCCAGAAGAGAGAGAGACUCUGGCCCUGAUGGCGGCCCGCGGGGAGAGUGAGGAGAGCCACGACGGAGAGACCUACAUAGAGAAGUACACCAGAGGGGUUCUGGAGGUGGAGAACAUCCUCAGCUUGGAGAGGCUGCGUCAGGCGGUGACAGUGAAGGAGGCUCUCUCUGUCAAAGGCAGACACCUGAGACGGAGCAUCAGCACCCCCAACGUGGGCCAUUCCUCCUGCAGCAAGGCGGACCUGACCGGGUGCGACGAUGACGACUGCAAGGGUCACUGUGACAGUCAUCUAGACGUCUCUGACUGCAGUACCCACGAAGGCUUCAUGUGUGGAACGCCCCUCAAAAACAAGGAUAACCAGGGUUUGGUUCCAGAGAGCCCUACCUUCUUUAACUCCAGCCCGUUCAAGGUGCUCUCUCCCCAGCCUCCCAAGUUCCUCAAGUCCCUGCUGCCAGUCAGAGAGGAGAACAAGGCCAGGAAAGCCCUGGAAGCACGCCCACUGCUGGGCAUGGAGAGCAUGCGCUCAUGUGUGGACAGCCCCACGCUGCUCCCCCCUCCCUGCCCAUGGCCCCGGCCCCGGGCGGGCAGCGAGGGCCACCGCACCCCCUCCACCUCCACCCCCACCCCCACCUCCAUCAGCCGACCGCUCAGCCACACACUGCCACACACGGCUGACUCGGAGGAGGAGGAGACAGACAUGGCCAUGAGUCUGGGCCUGGGCUCUCAGGACUUCCACCGCUACCAGCCUUACAUCCCAGAGGACUUUGCCAACUUUGACGUGUACAACGCCACCUUGGAUAGCCAGGAGGGGGCGUUGUGUGCACGUUCAGAGCUGAGGGGAGGCCGGGGCUUGGGAGGAGGAGGAGGAGGUGGUGGAAGUGGGGGAGGAGGGGACAGAGAGGUCACCCGCAGCCCCACGGCCAGCAGCUGCACCAGUGGCUACUUCUCCCACAGCGCCUCCAACGCCACGCUGUCCGACAUGCCCUUCAGUACCAGCGACAGCUCCGACCAGCUCAGCUCCACAGCCAGAGAACCUGACCGGGACCCCCAGGAUCCCCCCUCCUGCCCCCCGGGGCGAGGCGGCACCCUUACCCAAAGUGCCUCGGCAAGGGGUGAGACCCACACCCCCGUGCAGUUGCUGGCCAGCUCCUCCAUCAGUGUUCCUGCUAGGCUAGGGAAGCAGGCCUCCCCCCAGCCCAGCAGGUGUGCCCUCAGCGUCAGCCAGGAGUUCACAGACUUUUUAGGGGCCGACGACGGCAUUGGAGAUGGCGAUCUUGGACACUGGCAGCAGGAGUGGCAGCAGGAGGACUCACGCCUGCCCUCUGACCAGCCGAGGAGAGGGCAUGAGCCCCAACAAGCGACCAAGCAGCAUGCCUCGGCCAUCAUUCACACACCUCAUCCGGGACACACCCAAGCCUCUAACUGCAAUCAUCACAAUGGUAAAGAGUCUGGGAUUUUAACCGUGUCCUGUCCAGCCCCUGUCCUGUCCUCCGCUCCAUCCCUGGUCUUAUCCCCAGACCCAGACUCAGGGUCAUGUCUAGGGCCAGUCCCAGGCUUAUCCCCAGCCUCCUCCCCUGCCCGAGCCCCUGCCUCAGCCCCAGUUCUAGCCCCUGCCCCAGUAUUAUCCCCUGCCUCAGUCUUAUCCCCUGCCUCAGCCCCAGCCUCAGGGCCUGCCUUAGCCCCAGCCCUCACCCCAGUCCCUGCCCCAGUCCCAGUCCCCCCCCAAGUCCAGCGAGGAGGAGGACAACCCCCCAUCCAGGAGCCAGCCCAGGGAGACCUUCCCCACGGCAGCCCCUGCCCCAGCCCCAACCCCAGCAGUGCUGAGCCCUCGGGGGACUCCAGCGGGGACGAGAGCACGCCCGCAGCCCAGCUGCCUGACUGGAUGGCCCCCGGGGAGCAGGUGUGGGUAGGAAAGAGGAGCGGCACAGUGCACUACGUGGGGGGAGUGGAGUUUGCCAAGGGGAUCUGGGUGGGAGUGGAGCUGGACCUGGCAGUGGGAAAGCACAAUGGAACCGUCCAAGGGAGGGUGUACUUCCGCUGUGCUCCAAGCCGCGGGGUGUUUGUGAAGCCCUCUCGCCUCACCAGAGGUCCCCCCUGUAUGGACUCAGAACCUCAGACAUUGGUCCUCUAGGACCCUGGAAGACACUGCUCCAUCUGGACGACCAUCCCCAGGAUAGGGGCCAGGGUCCUGGACUACCACCCUCCAGGAUAGGGGCCAGGGUCCUGGGCUGCCACCCCCCGUAAUACAGGCCCGAGUCCUGGGCUGCCACCCCCAGGAUACAGGCCAGCGUAUUGGGCCACUACCCCCCAGGAUAAGGGCCAAAAUCCUGGACUUCCUUUUUCCAGGAUAAGGGCUUGGGUCCUGGACUACCACCCUCCAAGAAAGGGGGCAGGUGCCACAGAGAUCCCGCUGAUAUCUCUCUCACUCUUUCUCCCUCAUAAUUCAUCCCUUUCCCCCUCAAACCAUAGUCUGUUAUUUUUGUGUAAAUUACUGUUUCUCUUCAGAGUGGCUGACCAGUGUAUUUUAACGUUUAUCUAUCAUGGUUCACGGAACGUUCACUAUGCACACAUGCACAUGCUUUUAUUUGUUUUAUUUUAUUUUUGAUAGAAAGGUAAACCUUUGACUGAGUCCCCAGAUGAGUACCUUUAUCGACACUCUUUCUUCCAUUUGUAUAAUCAAAUCUGUUCAUUGUGUGAUAUUUAUGUCAAACACCAUGCAUAUCCUCCCUAUUGGGUCAAAGUGGGAUAUCAUCUGGGAUAUUUUGAUGAAGAAUGUACUACUGUUGAUACACUAACAAAUGACAGUUUGUUAUUGAAGUCAUGAUGAUAUGUCAGGGGUAACCAAAGAACUAGGGUUUCAUAUCUGCUGAAUAUAACUCAUAUUUUGCUUGUGUGUAUUUGUGUGUACAUAUAUACUGUAUGUGUUUAGUUUAUGCGCAUUGCCACGUGACUAACGCCACAAGCCCUUUUGAACAUUGGGCCACCUGCAAAUCGCAACUGCUUUGAAGCUAUGACUGCAGUCAGCUCAGCUGUCGGUUAUCGUUAAAUGAGU